CUUAAGCCCGCGUGAUUUGGUCUUCAGGCUGGAGAGUAGCAGGCACCAGAGAAUUCCCACUGUUUCCAGCUUUAGGGCUUUUGACGAUCGUUGUUUAAUGACUUGUCCUCCUUGGUGUUAAGUGGCUCCAAAAGCAGAACCUUGCUUAAUGUGUCUGUGAAGAAGAAACAAUCUCCUUAUAAAAAAAAAUCACACUCUGUCUCCAUCCUCUAGUCUUGUAGUAGUGCUGUAGAAAUAAGGGCCUUUCUGGUGCUGAUCUCACUGCAUAAUGACCUGUCUGUCUGGUAUUCGAAGCUUUCCUAAGCUUUGGAAGAGCAGACCAUAUCUUGGGUUAGGCCCAGGGCACUCUUACCUCUCUCUCUUUCUGACAGACUGUGGCAUCAGGAACCAACAGAAGUGGUUUUCUCUUAAAGCUAUGUCUCCACAGAAUACCAAAGCAGUGAACAUACUGGCUGCCAAGGGCAAAUCUGUCAAGAAAAAAGAUAAAGACAGUAUUAAGCAAACUUCUCAUCUGCCUCAUUUUUUUGCUGCUGGAGCAGCUAAGAAGAGAUCACAGAUGAAUUUUCACAAUAAAGAUCACACCGUGCUACCUGGGAGGAAAAAUAUUCAACUUCCAACAAAACCACUGAGUUCAGAAGAGUGGGACAGACUUAAGGAAAAUUACACAGGAAAGAAGGAUUUUGAAAACUGGAUCAGCACACAGAUGUCUCAUAACAACAGCCCUGUAGAUGUGGCUAAGUCUCUCUUGGCAUGGGUAGCCGCAAAAAACAAUGGUAUUGUAGGCUAUAAUUUAUUGCUCAUGUAUUUGCAUCUCAGUGUCUUCUAUAAGCAGACGUCAGAAGUUAUUGAUGUCUAUGAAAUCAUGAAAGCUAGAUACAAGAUUUUAGAACCUGGGGCUUACACUCUUCUCAUCCGGGGAUUAAUCCAUUCAGAUAGAUGGAGAGAGGCUUUGCAGCUCUUAGAAGACAUAAAAAAAGUCAUGACCCCUUCAGUAAGGAACUACAAUGACUGUAUCCAGGGAGCACUCUUUCAUCAAGAUGUGACCAUAGCUUGGAAUUUGUAUGAGGAAUUGCUAAGUCAUAGAUACACUCCUAUGUUGGAAACAUUAAAAGCUUUCUUCGAUUUUGGAAAAGACAUAAAAGAUGAUCACUACUCCAGCAAACUACUAGACAUUCUUUUGUAUUUAAGGAAUAAUUACCUGUAUCCGGGGGAGUCAUUUGUCCACAGUAUAAAAACAUGGUUUGAAAGUAUUUCUGGAAAACAAUGGAAAGGCCAAUUUACUACAAUCCAGAAAAGUGGCCAAUGUUCAGGCUGUGGAAACUCCAUAGAGUCGAUUCAUCUGAGUCCAGAAGAGUAUCACUUUCUCAAGGAAAAAGUUAUGAUGGAUGUGAUAGUUGGAGGUGAUCAUUACAGAAAGACAACACCUCAGGAGCUGGAGAGAUUUGAAGACUUUGUAAAAUCCUGUCCUCCUUUUGAUAUUGUCAUAGAUGGACUCAAUGUUGCUAAAAUGUUUCCUAGAGCUCGGGAAUCUCAGUCUCUCUUGGAAGUAGUGUCUCUACUGGCCAAGCAGAAUCUACAACUUCUGGUGCUGGGUCGGAAGCACAUGAUAGGGCAAGGCUCCCGGUGGAGAAAGGAUGAGAUGACAAAGCUUCAGAAGCAAGCCCACUGUUUUUUUGCUGAUAAUAUCUCAGAGGAUGACCCGUUCAUUUUGUACGCCACGCUGAACUCCGGGAACCACUGCAAGUUUAUCACAAAUGACCUGAUGCGAGACCACAAGGCCUGUCUGCCCGACGCCAAGACCCAACACCUGUUCUUUAAGUGGCAGCGGGGACAUCAACUGGCAAUUAGGAGUGUCUUUCCAGGCUCACAUAUAAUCUUUCAGCAUGCUCUCACCUAUGACACGGUCGUGCAGACCACUGGAGACUCGUGGCACAUCCCAUACGACGAAGACCUGGUGGAAAGAUGCUCCUAUGAAGUGCCGACCAAAUGGCUAUGCCUCCACCAGAAGACAUGAAGACCUCUGCUCCCUGGGCUGUGUUUGUGUCUGUGCUAGGAGCUCUGAAGCCUAUGCUUGUUUAGGGCAUUUCCUCUGCCCUCAAGACAGAAUUUUAUGUUCGGGCCAGCUUUUUGUGUCACCGGAUUGACUCCCAGCCGCACUUCCUCUAACCUUUGUGUUGAGAGGCUCAUUCAGACUUGGAGCAGUUAGAGCAUCCGAAGGCAGUGUUUCUCCCAAGGCUUCAUUUUUCCCCCAGCUCAGGAGCUUCUUGUAUGCAUUUUGCUGCUGCAAAUUUCAGCUUCUAGCUCUACCAGAUUUUUGUUCUUCACUUUAGAAUUCAAAUUAUAAAUCCUUUUCUACAUUGCAUCAA